ACGUAGAACCACGUUCAACUUUUCUUCUCCAUGCUUUGAACUUUGCUCCACGGUUUGAGUGCUCCAAAGUACCAACUGGGACGAAGGCAUAUUUAAUUGUUAGGGACCAGUUUUCAAAAGCAUACUGUCUGAGUUAUAUCUGGGAAGGAUGGAUGUGUUUGGAAUCCUGGGUAGCUACUCUUCUUACAUCUCUAGAGCAAUCUCACCUUAGAGGUCUCUGUGGACAUGGGGUGCAUAAGGUUAAGGUUCCUUUUUCUUGCGCUUUUGAUCUGCUCGGUUACUCUUGCUGACUCUAUUGCAAGCGCUCGCAGUGUCGUUGAAGUACUGACGGAGAAGAAUGGUGGUGCAAUGGGUAUCGAUGAGGAAGUACUUCCUGGCAGCACGACAAGCAGGAGCAGAUGGCUGUGGGGAAGGAAGAUGAGCGCAGAAAGGUUGGAGAAGAAGGACACAGUGGAAACAGGUGCAAAACCUUAUGCUGGAAAGUGUAAACAUGGAGGGAAGAGGGGACCGGCAAAGAUCUCCGAAGAGAAGAUACUUGGUUCAACAACAAAGAUGCAUGAUAAGGAUUCCAGAAGAAUUAGCAUACCUAAGCCAAGGCCAAAAACCACUGUCAAAAAGCAUACAAAAGGGAGUUCAGGUGAGGCAGUGAAGCCAAAGGCAACAGCACAAGCAGCCUCCCAUGGAUCAUCCCAUGACCCAUUCCAGAGAAUUCAACCUAAGAAACAACUGGAUGCAGUCACUGAAAUGUUCAACAUGCUGCACAAGGACUACCAAACCAAGGCUCGCCGCAGGCCUCCCAUCAACAAUGAUACUCCUUUGAAGCAUCUUGAUGCUAAGCCCUAGGCAGAAGAUGGCCUCUCUCUCUCUCUCUCUCUGCUGGCUUGGUACUGUAAAGGGCUUAGGUCAUAGUUGUUCUUUGAUCAGCACAUAAUAGAUAUUUGGAUAUAGGAGUGGUCAAUAAUGCCUACAAGCCUCUUCAGUCCUUCCUACCUGUUUGCUUCCAAGCACUGAUAGGUUUGGACAAUUUUGGCAGUAGAUGAGCUUGAGGCCUUGUUUCAAAUCUUCAACUGUAAUCUUGUACCACAAGAUGCUUUCAGAUGUGCUUUCUUA